AUGUCACUUCUUGCCCCAGCAAACUCCGAAUACGUUCUUGAGGAUUUCGAUGCCCAAGGCAUCACCAUUCGCCAGCUCCGAGACCAAGGCGUUGUGCCCUUUGACUACAACGAUGUGGGCUACGCAUCCCCGGUUUCUGGGCUGCAACAGAGCGGCUUCCUGGCGGUUUACCGUAACAACUCGGUUUCCACGGUGAAAAAGUUCUUUGCUCCUGGUUUUGAGACCUACCAUGGCAUGAUCCAGCACUCCGUGAGAAACCACGGUGACUUGCCUGCGUUGUCUCUGAGGACUUAUGACUACAAAACCAACCAGUCUGGAGCCUACGAGACCAUCACCUACAACCAGUUGGACGAGAGGAGAAAGGCCUUGGGAUCUGGUUUGUUGUUUCUUUUGCAGAACAACCCUUACAAGGUGCCUGGCUUGGAGUCCCACGAGAAGAUCUCCACCCAUGCUGCCAACUACCAGUCCUACGACGCUAACAACCACAGUUUCAUCGUGACUCUUUUCGCCCAGAACAGAGCAGAAUGGAUCUUGACGGACAUUACUUGUGCCUCCUUCUCCAUCACAAGCACUGCCUUGUACGACACCUUGGGCCCCGGCACCUCCAAGUACAUUUUGGAGCUCACCUCUUCCCCUGUGGUGAUUGCCCUGGGUAUCCACAUCAGGACUUUGCUUGAUUUGAAGAGAACCUCGCCCAAGGAGCUCGAGGCGCUCAUUUCGGUGGUCUCCAUGGACCCAUUGAGCGAGGUCUAUGGCGAACAGGGCAAACAGCAGCUCAUUGACGAGGCCAAGGCCUUGAACAUCAUGCUCUACGACUUUGAGCAGGUGUUGGAGGUUGGUCGUAUCUUCCCUCACGCCGACUUGCCCCCAAAGAGCACCACCCAGUACACCAUUUCCUUCACUUCGGGAACUACCGGCUCCAAGCCCAAGGGUGUCGUUUUGACUCACUCCAACCUCGCCGGUGCUGUGGCUUUCCUUGUUUGUCAGGUGCCUUCCAUUCAGAACUACAAGGACUUUUGCUUUUUGCCGUUGGCCCACAUUUUCCAGCGUCAUUGCACUGCUAGUUCUCUUAUGAUCGGUGCUACCGUGGGGUUCCCACAACUUGGCGGUACACCUUUGACUCUCUUGGAGGACUUGAAGCUCUUCAAGCCCACAUACAUGUCCAACGUGCCCCGUGUGUUCACCAAGUUCGAGGCUGCCAUCAAGAGCGCCACAAUCCACUCCGACAAGGCCCUCGCCAAGAGCAUCUUUACCCGUCUCAUCAACAACAAGAUGGAGAAGCAGGCUUCUGCCGAGAACGAGAAGGGCUCUCACUGGCUCUACGAUCGUGUUCUUGCUCCAAAGCUUAGAAAGGCGUUGGGCUUUGACGAGAUGGAAUGGACCGUCACUGGGCUGGCCCCAAUCUCUCCGCUGACUGUGAAGUUUUUGAAGGCUGCUUUGAACAUCGGCUUCUCUCAGGGUUACGGAUUGACCGAGACCUUCGCUGGUAUCUCCUUCAGUGUUCCAUUUGAGAAGGAGCCUGGAUCCUGUGGUGCCAUUGGUGUGGCCAGUGAAAUCAGUUUGCGUGAUUUGCCUUCUUUGGGCUACUCUGUUGACGGUGAGGACCCUGCUGGUGAGUUGCUUAUUCGUGGCCCUCAGGUCUUCUCCCACUACUUCAAGAACCCCGAGGAGACCAACAAGGCUUUGAAGGAUGGCUGGUUUUACACUGGUGACGUGGCCAGAAUUGAUGGAAAGACGGGUCGUUACUACAUCGUGGACAGAGUCAAGAACUUCUUCAAGUUGGCUCACGGCGAGUACGUGACGCCCGAGAAGGUCGAGAACAACUACCUUUCCAGCAACUCUAUCCUUACACAGGCUUUCGCCCACGGUGAGUCCGUGCAGAGCUACUUGGUUGGUAUCAUUGGUGUCGAGGAGCCCAAGGCCAAGGAUUUCUUGAUCAGAAAGUGCAAUGUGCCAGCUUCUGCCUUGAUGACUCCCGAGGCCAUCUUGGAGCAGAUCAACCAGCGUGAGAACAGAACCAUCUUGCUUGAAGAUUUGAACCGCAACGUCCAAGGUCUCUUUGGCUUUGAGAAGCUCCACAACAUCUACAUUGAGUAUGAGCCAUUGCGUCUUGAGAGAGACGUUGUGACGCCUACUGUCAAGAUCAAGCGUCCUGUUGCCGCCAAGUUCUUCAAGGACCAGAUUGCCGCCAUGUACAGCGAGGGCAAGUUGACCGAGGCCCAGGCAAAGAUUUAA